CCUUCCAAUUCCAGUCUCGUUUCGAAUAAUGGCUAAUCUGGAAAAAAAUUCCUCACCGGAGAUUCACUGCGUCUAUGUAGAAACCAACCUCGACACUCGUCUCGCGUUACCCGUACACAAAGAUGAAAUCAUCUCCGAUUUCAAAGACAAAGUAAUCAAGGAGCAUAAAAAAGUUUUCCCAGAAAUUGGAGAAAUUCAUAUCUCGGCGUUGAAGGUUAAACGACGAAGGAAAUUUUAUCAUUUCUCGGAAUCUUUGAAUGUGUGUAAGGCUUUUGAUGGGAUUAGUAGAAACUGGUUUAUGUAUGUUGAUGCCGUUAGAGUUGACGAGGGUGAGAUGUUGACUAUAAUGGCUACUGAUCAAAAUCGUUCGAAUCUUGAGUUGGUUGAGAAGAAGAAAGAGAUUGCUAAGGAUUUGACUAUUGAAGAAGGUUUGGGAACUGAAGUAGUUGAGAAGAAGACGAGGAAGAGGAGGAUUAUAAGUUCGGAUGAUAAAGCAAGUCGAAAGAAAUCCAAGGUUGAUCUCAAUCAAUCUGCUGUUGCUGCUACUACCGAGUUAUGUGGAAAAUUGCAGGGUGAAGUUCUUACGGGAGCAGAUAUUGAAAGUGGUGAGAAAAACGGCGUUAGUACGGGAGACAAUCAGCAAACUUCUGAUGCGGACAGGCUAUUGGAAGAGAAAAUUCUCCCAGUUAACUUAGAGCUUGUAGAUGGGGAUACCAGGGGUGUGGUGAAGGAUGUACCAGACAAUCAAACUGUUAAAGAAGCUCUAGAAAAAGUAGAUGAUCUUACGGGAGCAAUAGAACAAGUAGAUCUUGAAAAGGGAGGAAAAACUGCUGAUAUAGUCAUGAUUGACCAAGAGAAGGAUCUUCCACCUUCUUCGGAACUUGUAGAUGGGCAGAUUACAUCACAAGAUGAUGAAAGAGGUGAGGGAAGCAAAUUGGCUCCAAGUGUUGUCGAUAAUCUUCAAACUGCUGAUUUGGUGACUAACGCGGAUAACCAGUUGGAAGCUAGCAGUGGUUUGACAACUGGUCCAGCUACAGAGAAGAAGAGAAAGAGAACGAAGAGCUCAAAAGAUCACAUCAAACAAUCUACUGCUGCUGCUACUAAAACUUCAAGAAAAGUUGUGAAUGAGAUAAACGAAGAAGCAACACAGAAAGAAACUGAGUUGGGUGUGAAAUCUGUCGAAGAUGUGGGAAAAGAUAAUAUGGAAACUGAUACUCUAGUGAGCCACCCGGAAAAUCAUCUGGAGGCCAACAGUGAGUUGACAACCAGUCCAGUUACUGAGAAGAAGAAAAAGCGAAAGAAGAGCUCAAAAGAUCAAAUCAAUCAAUCUGCUGCUGCCGCUACUGCUACCACAGCUUCAAGAGAAAUUGUGAACGAGAUAAACGGAGUACCUGGAAAUGUAGAUCGUGUUGAUGCUACUUCUGAAUCUUGUCUACUUUCACAAAGAGGAAAUCUUGGCAAAGAAAAUGAGAUUGGUGAGAAGAUUAACGAAGAUGUGGGAAGCGGAAAAGCUAUACCAAGUUCUGCAGAUAAUAUCCAGACCGAUAAUUUGGUGAGCUACCCAGAAAAUCAGUUGGAGGUUAGCAGUGGUUUGACAACCAGUCCAGUUACUGAGAAGAAGAAAAGGCAAAGGAAGUCCUCAAAGAAUGACAUCAAUAAAUCUACUGCUGCUACUACAACAGCAAAGAUAAUUGUGAAUGAGAGGGAGAAGGUAUCUGGAAGUUUAGAUUGUGUUGAUGCUACUUCUGAAUCUAUUCCUAACUCGAUAGGAGAAAAGCUUGCCGAUGCUCUUGUAGAGGCAAUACAAAAUGAAAAUGAGAUGGGUGACAAAUUUGUUGACAAAGUGGGAAGCGGAGAGGCCACACUUAUGGGUGCAGAUAAAAUACAAGCUGCGAGUAAUCUACAAGCUGCUGGUAUGGUGAGCACCCCACAUGCCUUUGUCCAGGAAUCCAAAACGUUGGAUCACAUUGGUAAAUUUACGGAUGAAAACGCAUCCCGUGAACAUGAAGUUUCUAAGGAAAAAGUUGAAAUAGAUGCUGAUCAGGCUAAAUCUGUGAAGUCUACUAAGAAGAAAAGUUCAAGAAAAGCCAAGACCCCAGCAGCUAAAGAAGAUACUCCGGUAGAUUCUGGUGCACAGAAUGUUGAACCUAUCAAAGUUGUAGAUGGAGAAGGGCAUGAUAGUGUUAUCAGAAAUGUAUUAGAUUCUUUGCAGCAAAGGAACGAAGCUGAGGAGAAUAUAGAGAAAAGUGGGAAGAAAUCAAGCAAGAGAUCGAAGAAGAAGGACUCUUUGAACAUUGUGGAGGAGGCCCAGGUAGUAGAUUCUUUGCAGCAAAAGAAAGAAGCUGAGGAAAAUCUGGAAAAAAGUGAGAAGAAGUCAAGCAAGAGAUCAAAGAAGAAAGACUCUUUGAACAUUGUGGAGGAGGCCAAAGUAUUGUCAGUUGAGGGAAACAAUGUUGCUCAAGAAGAGGCUUCUCCCAUCAACAACCCAAAAGACACUGAUGCAUCAUUCACGCCAGCUAAGAAAAAUACUGAGAGCAAUGCUUCCCCUUUGAAAAAGAUUACUGAGGUCACCAAUAAUACUGAGGAUAUUAACUGUUCCAUGCAAGUUCUGAAAGAGAACACUGAUAUGGGAGACAAUUUUGGUUCUAGCCAAAAGGACGAUAUUGUUGGUGGUGUUAACAAGCAAGAUCAAGUGACUGGUGGAGCUAAAUCUAAAAAGGAGAAGAAAAGCCUUGAUUUGCAUCCUGGUGGUUCCAUUGAUGGUUCAGUGAAACUGAAAGAGACAAAAGGUAGAGUUCAACCAUCUAGUUCUGGUACUAGUCAAUUGCAGUCAAAGGCUAAGAUUGAUCGCAGUGGAUCAAAGGUUGAUCAUUCUGAUGCAUCCAUGAAAGGCGUAGUCAACAACAAAAAGGAAGCUGUGAAGAAAAGCUCUAACUCAGUCACAGCGUACAAGAGUAAGACGAAUUUCUUCAAGGAUGCUGAGGAGGAUGAAUCUAAGACGACUUUGAAUGACUCCACUAAAACACCAUCAGAUAGUUCAUCAGACGAUGAUAGUGAUAGUGCUGUGACUUCUUCUAUGCCUAGGAAGCAAGGAAACAAUCUGGCUGGAGGAACAAAUAGGUUAUUGGGGAGCCUGCAAGAUAUCCUAAGAAGCUCAAAAAGUUACAAGGCGGCGAAACUGACAGCUUCUCAAUCACAACCCGAUGAUGAAGAUGUUGUCCCAGAUAGCCAAGCCAUCUAAGUUUUAUCGAUUAUCCUUUUGGAUUCAAUUUUGACUCAAACCUGAAAAAGAUGCUUAAAUCUUCAAAUCACGGUUUUGCUUGUUCUAACUAGUUUUUGGUAUGGUGCAUCUUCUCUGACAUUUAUGUUAAUCAGGAGUGCUUCAUAAGAGGUACUAUUGCAAGUUUGCAACAACUAAAUGUUAAAUCUCUUCUCGGUUGAUCCUCGUGUUUGGUUCCAUAAUACUUGAAUCCGAGCUUUCUCGAGCUUCAAGGUAACAAAUCCUUCAACUUCAA